CUCAAAAGCAGAAAUGUAGAGCAGUGCAGUCCACCUAAAGAAACGACUUCUAGUCUCACGUUUAACUCCAGCAGACCGAAUAUGUCUUAUUACGGCAAUAUCAACAUUCCCGAUACACAUGGGAUGGACAGUGAAGAUGAAGAAGAGACGAAUAUCUAUGCUAAUGCUGAUCCUAUAAACUGUUUUGAAGUCAGGACAGAAACAGAAAACUCCAAGAGACACCAAACUCCUCAACACACAGAAAUGGCUAGUGUGAAGAUCAGAAGCUCCAGAGCAGCUGCAGUGUGUUUGGUGCUGCUGUGUGUUCUUCUGCUGACUGCAGUCAUAGUGCUGGGUGUCUACAUCCAUACAAAGAGCACCAACUACACAGAAGAGAAAAAACAGCUACUAACCAAGAUCACCAACAUCACAGAAGAGAGAGACCAGCUACUAACCAAAAUAACCAACAUCGCAGGAGAUAAAGACCAACUACUAACCAAAAAUACCAACCUUACUGAGGAGAGAGGCCAACUACUAACCAAUAUCACCAACCUCACAGAAGAGAGAGAUGUAUUAUCAUCAAAUAACAGUGACCUUAUCAAACAAAGAAACCAAUUAAAUCAGGAGAAAAAUGAACUGUUAAAAAUGGAUGGAUGGGUUUAUUAUCAAUACAGUUUUUACUUCAUUUCCUCUGAAUGGAAGAGCUGGACUGAGAGCAGAAGAUACUGUACAGACAGAGGAGCAGAUUUGAUCAUCAUAAACAGCAAAGCGGAACAAGAUUUUAUUAAGAAAAUGUUUUGUUCUCAAGUCUGGAUUGGUCUGACUGACAGUGAAGUGGAGGGCAGAUGGAAAUGGGUUGAUGGCAGCACACUGACCUCCGGGUUCUGGGCAUCUGAAGAGCCUGGUGGACAAGGAAGAGAGAACUGUGCUCUAAGUCAAGCAUCAGGAUGGGCUGAUUAUCCAUGCAAUGAUAAGUUUCAAUGUAUCUGUGAGAAGAGCAUUUUAAAUUAAGUCAACGAGAUGAAGGUUUAUGUCAAAAAAGGACAUAAAAUUAUUAUUAUUAUUAUUAUUAUUAUAUUUUUUUUGCCAAAUAUUAUAUGUUACUUGACGUACAUAACGAGCUAGCCAGGGCCCUGAAACGGUUCGAGGAACAUUUAGAAAAGAAAUUACCAUUAACAGGUUAAUAAUGUUAUUUUAUCGUUCUGUUUAGGAUUUUCAUUUGGCAGUCAACCAAAAUAGUGCGACCUAUGCAAACAUGAAGUUGAUGCAUCC